GUAAUCUGAAUUGAUAUAAAGUUUAUUUAGCAAAAUAAAAUAUAAAUGUUUUUGCCAACUCCAUCAUUACGCCAAGACCAAAAUACUUUUCAUGUGCUGGUAAGGUGUUUUAGAGAAAUUUAUUCUGAUGAAACUAUCACAAAAGAAAAAGUUCAAAAUCUUGUGACAUCAAAGUAUAGAGACUCCAGUAGUCAUGAUGUUUAUGUUGAAAGGCUUGAAGCGAUUCAAUUGAAUUGUACUUCUAAAAUAAAGAAAAUGAAUGAACUUUUGAAUCACAUCAAGGAAACUCUUUUUGAUGCUCGUUCAUUAGAGAGAAAGGAGUUUGAAGAGCAACAAAACAAAUACAAAACAUAUUCAAAACUUGGUUUACCUCCAGUUGCAUCAAAGUUGAAUGCUUCUUUGAACACAAUUGCUUUGCAAGAACAUCAUUUGAUUGUACUAAAUGAUUCACUUGUUGGUACAACUAACCAAUCAGCAGAUGUUAGCAAAGAUGGUUUAAAUAAGGCCAUCUUAUCUAAAGAUGUUGACAGGAAAGAUGAGGAAAGAAGGACUGAAAAGGGUGAACAUAGUUUACAUUCAUUCAAUGAAUAUAAGAAGAAUGCUGAGUCAUCUGAUUUAGAUAAAGAUUUGUUAAAGCUACAAAAGACAUUCAAUUUUUUAAAAAACCCUCGCUUCACUGACAUAAAGUUGGUUGCAACAGCAAACAGUUUAUCAGAUGAGAAAGUGGACAGUUUCAAUAAUUUAUUCAAACCAACACCUUGUCCACUUGUAUUUCGAAAUUGUCUUGCAGGUGAAAUAUAUGAAAUGAAAUUAGACUUGAUGAACAUCUCUUCAUCAAGCCGACAAAUUCGAGUUCUUCCACCUACUACAAAAUACUUUAGCUUGAGUGUAGGUGAUUUUCCAUCUGCUAAUGGUGUUGUAGCUCCUGGUAUGAGCUGUCAGUUCACAGUCAAGUUUAUGCCAGACACAUUAGGAGACUAUAGUGAUGUUUUGGAGGUAAAGACACAAGGAUCUCAACCCAUUUUUAUUCCAUUAGAAGGACUAAGAGAUAAACCAUUUCUAAGCAUUUCUAAACAUAUUGAUUGUGGUUACGCAUUAGUGAAUGGAAAAAAAAAAGUUUCUUUCGAAGUUGAAAAUAAAGGGGGUGCUGGAAAGUUUUUUUUCAAAGAAAACCAAAUUCAAAACGAAUAUUGUAUAUGGGACCAGAUUGAUUAUACUGAUGUAAUAAAGCUUUCAAUAAAACCUUUUACAGUUUUUCCUGCACAGUUUCAAAUUAAUAAUGGUGGAAAAAUAUCAUUAACGAUUAUAUUUGAGCCAAGAGCUGUAAAACAUUUUUCUGAAGUUAUAUACUUGUUUUGUGAUGAUUGUUCUGUGACCAAGUAUACUCUUACUGGUACAAGUGAGGUUGCUCAUGUUUCAAUUAACAAUAUCGAGGGAGGUUUUACAUAUGCACAUGUUCAAGAAAUGAUAGAUGAAACUGCAGAACAGAUUAUAAAUUUUGGACGGAGUUAUCCAAAUGAGUUAACAACUAGAGUGCUUGUUAUAAAAAAUGAUAUAUCUGUACCAUUAAAUUUUUAUUGGACUAUACAGUUUCCAGAUUUAAGUGUUAAUAAAAGUGGAAUAAGUAACCUCAGUUCUUCUUGCAACAACCAAACAGUUUUUAAAGUGUUACCAGAGUUUGGAGUUUUAAAAGAAAAUGUUUUGACAAAAUUUUUGGUCCAGUUCAAUCCUUUAUAUGUGGGUCAAUUUUAUGAUAUUGCUGCAUUAUAUUUGGAAAAUAUACCAAAUGCUUAUGGUGAAAACACUGUGGAAAAUCCAAUUAAACUUUCUGUUAAAGGAUUCGCAGAGACUGUGACAGUAUUACCAGAACCACCAUUAAUAAUUUUUUCUGGAAAAUUAUUCAUUGGAGUAAACUACAAGCAAACCAUCAAGUUGAAAAACUUGAGUCUGUGUAAAACAUCAUUCCAGUGGAAGAAAUUUGUCUCAAAAGAAUGUAUUAUCAAUGUGUUACCAGAAAAACAAGAUAUAGGUAGUAAUGAGAGUGUUGAGUGUUUUGUAUCUAUUGAAGGAAUUAUCCCAUCAAACAUAAAAUGUGAUAUAAAAUAUGAAGUUCCAUUUUCAAUGGCUGAUCAAUAUUUACGAGUUGAAGGAACCUUUCAUGGGCCGAGCGUUUCAUUUGUUGAAGAUUUCUUAGAUUUUGAACUUUUGAGGAUUGGAACCUACAUUAAUAAAUGUGCCACUCUGAUAAAUUAUUCACCUAUUCCUGCUGAAUGGAAGUUAAUUAAAGUGGAUGAAGAUCUGCCUUUAGCAUUUUUUCCUGAAGAAGGGAAAAUUAAACCUAACGGAAAGCAAAAAAUUGCUUUUCAUUUAUCUCCUCAAUUUGCAUCUUUUAUUGAUUCAUAUAUUAGUUGCAAUGUUAAUAAUGGUUUACCAUGUUAUCUUCCAAUACAAGCACAUGUUCAAAGACCGUACAUCUACACCAAUCAAUGCUUAAUGGUUUUGGACACAUUGUUUGUUGGUGUUCCAACUCAGACAAUUGUUACCAUUGUUAACUCCACUUUUUUAACUUCAUCUUAUGAAUGGAAUUUUAUAAAAACUCAUGGAGUAGAUGUUAUUUUUAAACCAAGGGUUGGAGAACUAGCAUCUUAUGAAGAAGCUAGUGUUGCUGUAACAAUCAUAUGCUUGCAAACUGGAGAACAUGAAAUAAUGUUGUUUUGCAAUGUACCAGAUAUGUUGGACCCUGUGGUUGUUAAUAUAUCUGUUUCAGUAAAGGGAUUACAAGUUGAUGUUUUAGUUCCUCAUAUUAAAGAUCUACAAAGUGAUUUAGACAAUGUUCAUGAUUCAAGUAAAUUGGAUUUUGGAAUGAAUGUACCCCUUGGAGAGGUUCGAAAAUCAUAUUUUAUUUUAGAAAAUAAGUCAGCCAUCAAAACAACAUUUAGUAUGCAAGCAGAGAAUUACUAUCCUACUGAAAUUUUUGAAUCACAACAGAGCCAAAUAAAUGCUUUGUUGAAAACACAUAAAGUUGAUGCAACUAAAAUUGAAAUAAAUCAAGACAUUUGUAAUGAAGCAUUGGCGAAUAAGAAAGGUGUUGUUUUUAUAAUUUCUCCUAAUGUUGGAAUCCUUGAAGCUUUCGAGAAAAAACUAAUUACUGUGUUGAUGAUGUCAGAUAUGUGGGGUGAUUACAAUGAUAUUAUUGCUAUUGAUGUUCCCAGCAUAGCAAAGCAAUAUGUACCUGUGCAUGUAGAUGUUGUAGGUUACCCUUUAGAUUUUCGUAUGGCAAGAGGUCAGACAACUGCUGUUUUAAGGUUUGGUAGCCAUAUGUCUGGUGAUAAAGAAGUUUUAAGAAAGAUUUUUGUUAACAAUAAUAGUUAUGUUGACAUUCGUUUGGAUUGGAAAACAUAUUGCAUUGAUCCUACUGAUAAAAAAUAUAUUGAUUUGAAUGUUUUCAUUGGUAAUCCAUUUCCUCUUUUAAAUGAAGAGCUUGCAGUCAAAGAUGAUAUUGAAGAACUAAAGUCUGAGCAUUUAAUUCGAGUUAUUAUUGGAGAACAUGUUGGUGUACAAAGUGAUCUUCCUUUUAAUAUUAAAACUAAACAAAUGACGGUUUUAGGAAAAAGUAAUGCGUAUUUUGAAAUAGGAUUUCAACCUCCUAUUGGUGUCAACAAAGUAGGCAAUUUUGUAGGUUAUGCACUUGGUUAUAUGAGCAUAAAUGAUAAGGAUCGUAAAAAUGGAGAAUGGAUGAAGCGAAUGGAUGGGCUGGAUAUGCUACCAUUCUCAAUAAAUAUGACAGGGGCUGUAAAACCAUCACAGAUUCUUGUAACUCCUUGUGAUGAUGAUUAUGAUGAUGAUGGAUUUAUGUUUCGAAUUUCGUGUAAUAGUUUGCUUACAAUGGAAUCCAUUCAAUGUGUUCGUCGAUUCAUCUUGCUUAAUAAUAGUGAUGUUGUGGUGAACAUUUCUUGUCAAAUCGAUCACCCAUUUAAAAUUGUUCAGUUUGGUGAACAUAAACAAAUAAAACGUAAUAUUACAUUGUCACCAAACAAAAAUGUCCAGCUUCAUAUAUCAUUUGAAAUUUCUCGUGAGUUAGCAGUGUCACUUCAUAAGGUUAAGGAUGCAAAUUCUCAUGAAGCAUUUGUUGAAAAGUAUCUUUUUAUAAAAUUUAGUAACCAGCAAACUCAGAUAUGCUGCAUGACUGGUCAACUACUUUAUCCUUUUGUAACUGUUCAAAAAAAAGUAUUUAAUUUUGAAACGUGUUUCGUAGGCGAAGUGAGUGAAGACAUCUUAAUUAUACAAAAUGCAAGUAAUACCGAUCUUCUUUGGGAGUUAUAUAAAGACUUGAGCUGUCCGGAAUCUAUUAACAAAGUAUUUCAUAUAUCUCAAACAUUUGGUACUAUAGCUUGUGAAGCAUCAAGCGCUGCAAGAAACGAGGCUAAAGAUGCCAAUAAAAACGAAGCUAAAGUCAAAAUAAAGUUUGCCCCAGCACAUGGGGUAGAAUAUGAAUGCGAUGUUUUUAUACGUACAACUCUCGAUGUUCUGUUUAAUGAACAACCUCAGAAGUUAACACUUCAUGGAAAAGGUUCUUUUGAUGAAGCCUACUCUACAAAGAAAUUUUUCCCUUAGUUGCAAUUCGAUUUGCUUGUUAAAAUUUAGUUCUAUCAAAUAACUUGUCUCUCUCUAAAAAAUUUUAAAGUGUGUUUUUAUAAAUUAUUCGAUAUUUAAAUAAAAAAAUUUCAUAUAUUUUAAUUGCAUUGCGGCAUUUUAAAUUUGUAAAAUAAAAUAUUUAU